ACUCCGUUAUCAACAUUUAUUGGGACUGGUCGUACGAACUAAAAACCAUAAUCGUAAACGUUAAUCCUUCAAUACCAAGUGAAUAGAUACGAAAAAGAACCUAAUCAUUCGUUCUUUGGAACGUAAAAAUAUCAUAAUAUGUUCCACAUUUCCACAACCGGCGAGGUUUUAGUCUGUGUUGACGUGUAUGUGUACUAAACAAAAAUGGCCGUCGUUAUCAAUAAAGGUAUUUUCAUAGUGGCUGCUAAACGCACGCCAUUCGGCAGAUUCGGAGGUGCCUUCAAAGAAGUAUACCCCUCUGAUCUUCUGGCUGUAGCUGCUAAAGAUGCUCUUAAAGCCGGCAGCGUCGCACCGGAGGUCAUCGACACCGUCAACAUUGGACAAGUUUAUGGACUUAGUGGAUCAUCAGACGGUGGUUUGUCUCCUCGUCAUGCAGCACUCAAGGCUGGCAUUCCUCAAGAGAAGCCAGCUCUUGGCAUUAGCAGACUCUGUGGGUCUGGUUUUCAAGCUGUAGUGAACAGUGCCCAGGACAUUAUCACAGGAGCUGCUCAAACAUCUUUGGCUGGAGGCACAGAAAACAUGUCAACUGUUCCCUUCGUAGUCAGAAACACACGUUUUGGAGUCGGCUUAGGUGUGAAGAUGCCCUUCGAAGAUCUUCUCACCACAUCCUCAUUGGACACAUCCUGCAACUUUACCAUGCCACAAACAGCUGAAAACCUUGCUGAGAAAUAUGGCUUGCAAAGGAUGGAGGUCGAUCAGUUCGCAUUGCAAUCACAGCAGAGGUGGAAAGCAGCACAUGAGCAAGGCGUAUUCAAAGCGGAGAUGGCCCCAGUAACAGUGAGGGUCAAGAAGCAAGAUAAGGUGGUGGAAGUGGACGAGCACCCUCGCCCCGAAACCACAACUGAAAUGCUCAGCAGACUGCCAGUGUUGUUCAGAAAAGGAGGCGUUGUUACCGCUGGCAAUUCUUCUGGCGUAAACGAUGGUGCCGGUGCGAUAGUCCUGGCAAGCGAGGAGUCUGUAAAGCAGAACGGAUUCACACCACUAGUAAGACUGCUGGCAUGGUCUGCAGUAGGUGUGGAUCCUUCCAUCAUGGGUAUUGGACCUGUCCCCGCCAUACAAAACAUAUUGUCUGCCACAGGAUUGAAGUUGGAUGACAUCGAUUUGAUUGAGAUCAACGAAGCUUUUGCAGCUCAGACUUUGGCAUGCGCCAAGGAGUUAGGUCUGGACCAGAGCAAAUUGAACGUCAAUGGAGGUGCUAUUGCUAUGGGACACCCAGUAGGAGCAUCAGGCGCUAGGAUUACAGCACAUCUAGCUCAUGAGCUCAGACGCCGAGGACUCAAGAGGGGUAUCGGUUCAGCUUGCAUUGGCGGAGGCCAGGGAAUUGCAUUACUUUUUGAGACUGUUUAAUUUAUCUACAUAUUACAAAAUAGAUUUUAUUUUCAAUUUCUGUCCUAUUAUUGUUGUUUUUAUUGUCAUUUUGAGAACAAAAUGUUAUGAAUAUGAAAUACAAAUUGUAAAUAAUUAAAAAUAUACGACGUAUUUUUUAUAA